CAGUAACCUGGACCUCUUCCUCUUCACCCUCAUCGCCGGCCUCAUCAUCUACUGGUUCAUGUCCCGCAAGAAGGCCGAGCCCAUCCCCGAGUUCAAGAAGCUCGACCAACCGUAUAACCAAUGAUGAGAUGGCACGUGGGUACCUACUUCUAUAAACCAAUGAGGAGAUGGGAGAGGCGGCAGGAUUUGCAGCGCAAUCUGCGUCUCAAAUAGAACUGACUUCUAUUUUAGCCCUUGGCAACGCAGACGCUCGUUGGCGCGCGCGAGCAGUAUUGGUACAAUAAUUGAAUAAUAUAGAUUUCUACAUUUAUUUUGCAACACUUCGCGCAGGCGACGCGAGCGGUGUAGUCAGCCUGUAACGUUCCUACAGCGAACAGAGGUCAGUGAGUCACUCUUGACUGUUGGCAUAUUUUCUUUCAACACGGCUUGUGCGUUAAUCUGUUAGCUAGCAGAGAUUGGCUGUGGUGAAGUGGUAACGGAGGUCGACUUGAAACUACGGUAGACGGCUAACGUUACAGGCUGACUACACCGCUCGCAUCGCUCCCAACCCCUGGAACAGAGUCGUUUUGACACAGAAACAGCUCAGCAAGAUCAGCUCAUCUUGGGUCAAACUGCAGUUCUUCAUGGUUAUCUCCAGGACUUUCAGUCCCUUUUUGACCAAGUACCAGAUUGACGAGCCAGUGAUGCCACUCCACUGCAAAGAGUUGAUAAUGUCUGCUGAGGCGUUCUGUCAAGAGGGAGCUCCUCCAGGACAUUGCAGAUGAUCAGACUGGAUGUCGCUGACCAAAAUAUUUGGGCCCGCCCGAAGGAAGUUGACAUAGGCUUGGGUGCCGAGUCAGUCCUCAAGGUAAUGUGGGAACUUCCUAUCCCUUGAGGCCAAAAGUAAGCACUUCCUCUCUUUCCGGCCCACAGAGACGAGGCUGGAUGUGUUCCUGUAUGGCUUCCUCAGCAAAAUCAUACCCUGAGCUUUGGGGUUUCUGUAAGAAGCUUCUUCUGUCCCAUGGGCAGGCAGCUGUCGAGAGAGGCUUCUCCAUAAAUCCAUAAUUUGGCAGUACGCCCAACCGGCCUCACAACCGCAGACCAUGUGUAACCACGCCAACCAAGGACCUCCACAUCCAGCUUCUUCACCUGCGGGAUUGUCUGACACGAGCCACCUGGACAGCUGAUGAAACUGACUGUAAUACAGCCUUUAUGUGGGGGAAAACUAAUUCUGAUUGGCUGGGACUGGCUCCCCCAAUGGGUGAGCUUAUGUGUUUCCAGGCCCACCCAUGGCUGCACCCCUGCCCAGUCAUGUGAAAUCCUUAGCCUAAUGAAUUGACUGAUUUCCUUAUAUGAACUGUAACGCAGUAAAAUCGCUAGUUGUUGCAUGUUGCGUUUAUUUUUGGUAAGUAUAUUUUGAGCCCUCUAUGGAAAGAUGUGAGACUCACAAGUAUGAUGUUUUCUGUUUUGCUCGUAUGAAGUUGAUACAUCCGAUCUGCCAACUUCUGUCUAUCUAAACCGUUUGGGCUACACACUAAUAUGACCCCUCUGUGGAAAGGAGCGUCGCUCACUAACAUGUGGUUUGCUCUAGGAUGCCCACAAGCCUCACAAGACUAGUCUGAAGGUAGCCGGUAAGCAGUAAGAAAAAUUAUGGAAGUGAAUAUAUGAAGAUAGUUCCGUGCCUAAAAUAAUGUGUUAAAUGCAUCAAAGCAUUAUUUUUUUCUCAGAUAUAGGACAGGCACUUCAGAUCAAACUUCAUUUUACAUUUUUUGGGGGUGGGAUGACUGUCUUUAUCCAUUUAUAAAGCUGUUGUUCAAUACAUUUCUAUGGACUAAGCAAUAAGGCCAAAUUCAAUGUUUCAUCAAAUAAUUGUUAAAUAUAUUUUUUUAAUAUACCUUAAUUAAGUGCCUAAAACUACAAAUCAAAUGGCUAAAUGAACCUUGCUAUGACCGUCUUGUGUCAUUGAGUACACCUACAGCACCCGAUGUCUCAGGAAGGCCAAAAAGAUCAAGGACAUAAAUCGCCUGAGCCACGGCCUGUUCACCCCGCUAUCGUCCAGAAGGCGAGAGCACCUUCUACUCGAGAGACUAGUUUUAUUGAGAAGAUGAAGAAAACAGGUAGGAACAUUGUGGUAUUCUACGGCUCUCAGACAGGCACGGGCGAGGAGUUUGCCAACCGGCUGUCCAAAGACGCCCAGCGCUACGGUAUGAAGGGUAUGGCUGCCGACCCCGAAGAAUACGACAUGUGUGAGCUGUCCCGUCUGGCUGAGAUUGACAACUCCCUGGCCAUCUUCUGCAUGGCCACGUACGGAGAGGGAGACCCCACGGACAAUGCCCAGGACUUCUAUGACUGGCUGCAGGAGAGUGAUGGGGAACUGAAUGGAGUCAACUACACAGUGUUUGCGUUGGGUAACAAGACAUAUGAACACUACAAUGCCAUGGGAGCGUAUGUGGACAAGAGGCUGGAGGAGCUGGGAGCCAAGAGGGUCUUCGACCUGGGCAUGGGAGACGACGACGGCAACCUGGAGGAGGACUUUGUGACAUGGAGGGAGCAGUUCUGGCCAGCCAUGUGCGAGCACUUUGGAGUGGAGGCUUCAGGAGAGGACUCCAGCAUUCGUCAGUACGAGCUCAAGGAGCACAAUGACAUCAACAUGAACAAGGUGUACACAGGAGAGUUGGGGUGUCUGAAGAGCUUUGAGACCCAGAAACCGCCUUUUGAUGCAAAAAACCCCUUCCUGGCUCCAGUCAUUGUUAACCGCAAGCUCAACAAAGCAGGCAACAGGCAUCUCAUGCACCUUGAAGUCGACAUUACAGGCUCCAAGAUUAGAUAUGAGUCGGGAGACCACGUUGCCGUAUAUCCCACCAAUGACACAGCAAUCGUGAACAAGCUUGGACAGAUCCUUGGCGUGGACCUUGAUACGGUUAUUUCUCUCAAUAACCUUGAUGAGGAGUCCAAUAAGAAGCACCCAUUCCCUUGCCCCACCACCUACCGUACGGCUCUGACCCACUACCUGGACAUCAUCCAUCCGCCUCGCACCAACGUCCUGUACGAGCUGGCCCAGUACGCCACCGACCCCAAGGACCAGGAGAACAUGCACAAGAUGGCCUCGUCUGCUCCCGAGGGCAAGGCUCUGUACCAGAGAUUUGUGCUGGAAGACAACAGGAACAUCCUGGCCAUCCUGGAGGAUCUGCCAUCCUGGAGGCCUCCCAUCGACCACUUGUGUGAGCUCAUGCCCCGCCUGCAGGCCCGCUACUACUCCAUUGCCUCCUCCUCCAAAGUCCACCCCAAUAGCAUCCACAUCUGUGCUGUGCUAGUGGAGUACACGACUAAAACGGGGCGCCUCACCAAGGGAGUGGCCACCACUUGGCUGAAGAACAAACUGGUUGCGGACAACGGCCACAAGUCCACGGUCCCCAUGUACAUCCGCAAGUCCCAGUUCCGCCUGCCCUUCAAGGCCAGCAACCCAGUCAUCAUGGUCGGUCCUGGGACCGGCAUCGCUCCCUUCAUGGGCUUCAUCCAGGAGCGAGGGUGGCUGAAACAGCAAGGCAAGGAGGUGGGGGAGACGGUCUUGUACUUUGGCUGCAGGCACAAGAACGAGGACUAUCUGUACCAGGAGGAGUUGGAGGACGCUGAGAAAACGGGUGUCAUCACGAAGCUCAACGUCGCUUUCUCUCGGGACCAGGAGCAAAAGGUAUACGUGCAGCAUCUCCUGAGGACCAACAAGGAGGACCUGUGGAGGCAGAUCCACACAGACAACGCACACAUAUACAUCUGCGGGGAUGCGCGGAACAUGGCCAGGGAUGUGCAGACAGCUUUCUAUGAGAUAGCAGAGGAGCUGGGCGGCAUGACACGCACUCAGGCCACCGACUACAUCAAGAAACUGAUGACCAAGGGACGGUACUCGCAGGACGUCUGGAGCUAAAACCCCUAGGAUCCAACCACAUCCUAUAUUUGUUUGCAUUGUUAUUUGUGCCAGUUUGUGUCAGUAAUGGUUAUAAUGGGUCACCAACCCUGGUACUGGAGAGCUACCGGGUGUGCCGGCUUUUGUUUCCGCCAAGCACAAAAACGUCUGAUUCUAUUGAUUGGCUUAUCAUCAUGACCUUGAUUAGUUCAGAUGGGUGUGUUUGUGCCGUGUUGGAAUAAAAGCCUACACACCCUGUAGCUCUCCGGGACCAAGAUUUGUGACCACCGGGGAAGGAUAUCGCUGCCGUCAUCUCUGGUUGUUUUAUUUCCAUGGAGCAACACAAGCCUUCAUGCACCACAAUAAUGGUUGGUUAUCCUCCAUUCUGAUUUGAUAUUUCAUGUCAGUCGGCCAUCAGUUUGGCAGUGUCAAAUGUAGCAUCACAUUUGUCGACAUCGUGAGAUGAUAUAUUGUAGCUGUACAUAAUUGUACGGUGCAAAGUGGGGGGGGGGGGGCUUAAAUACGAAACUCAUACGGUGCAAGUCUUUUCUUUAGGAAGUUGACCUAAUCUGGGUAUUCAGAAUACAUUAUAAAUAUUUUGAUUUGUGAAAUAAAAAGUGAGAUCUUAUUUGGA